UGGGCGGGGUUCGCUCCCCCUCGAUUCGCUUCCUUUCCGGGGUGCCCCCCUCGUUGAGAGGCUGCAGCGACAGCGGUGGUCCCUGUAGGACCCCCGAGACCCCUGUUACCCCCCGCCCACCUCUCGCCUCCUCUCAUCGCCUCCUGCGGGCCCCCUUCAUUCCUCCACUCGGUCCCCCUCUCGCGCACGCCCCGUCAUUCAUUUCGCCGACCAUAGCCGCUAACCAACGAUCCCCGCUCACCCACCCCCGCUGCGACUUCGUCUCCUGGGCCGGCCGGAAGUGAGCUGGUGGCGGGCAGCGGCGGCUAUCCGAGUGCCGGGGCGAGGCGGCCAUGGAGUGAGAGGGGUCAGGGGUGGGGGGGGAGAUCUGGGUGAGCCAUGGGGGAGCAAGCGAGAGGCGGCCGCUACGAGGAAGUGCGAGACCUCAUCGACUACUUCUCCAAGAACACGUACCGCGCGCGCGAGGGCGUGUGCAAGGUCGACGAGAUCCAGGUGCGCUGCCUGGAGUUGUUCUCGCGCGACUACGUCUGCGCCUGGCUGGAGAAUGCAGGCGGCGAGCUGUGCGGCCACUACCCGCUGCACGUUGCGCUGCUCGAGUACGAGACGCACGCCGGGCGCCACAACGAGCGCUUUGAGAGCGUGCUGGAGGUGCAGCGCCUGCGGGAGCUCGUGACGAAGAGCAAGAUGGCGCGGUGCCGCGGCCGCUUCGUGUGCCCUGUCAUCCUCUACGGCGGCAAGCACAUUUGCCGAUCCUCUACACUUGCCGGGUGGGGCGAGAUCUACGGACGCAGCAGCUACAACUACCUCUUCUCUACGGGGGGCAUCGACGACGCCCUUGCCAACCGAAAGUCUGUUAAGGACUUCACGGGGGACCUUUGUCUUUGUAGGAAUGGCCGGGAGUCCCAGCUGUUUAACCGCAUCCGGGGAAAUGACAUCAAUUUGCUCAAGCACCUGGGAGUGCGCUUCAUCUGCGACCUCAUGGUGGAGAACAAGAAGGUGAAGUUCGGCAUGAACGUCACAUCGUCGGAGAAGGUGGACAAGGCUCAGCGUUACGCCGACUUCACCCUUCUAUCCCUGCCCUACCCCGGCUGCGAGUUCUUCAAGGCCUACCGAGAGCGGGAUUACUCGGGCGAGGGACUCGUGUUCGACUGGAGUCAGGACUAUGUGGACGCUCCGCUCAGCGUCCCCGAGGAGCUCAGGGAGGGGCUGCCCAUCAACUGGGGUGGAUACAGGUCAUGGGACCUGAUGGAGCAGACUCAAAACUACCUGCGCCUCCUGCUGCACAUCAUCAACCUGGACGACGAGAGUGGACUCCUGGUUCACUGCAUCUCGGGCUGGGACCGCACACCGCUCUUCAUCUCCCUCCUGAGACUCUCCCUGUGGGCCGACGGACUGGUCCACGCAUCCCUGGGGCCCGAGGAAAUCCUCUACCUCACCAUCGCCUACGACUGGUUCCUCUUCGGGCACAUGCUCGAGGACCGGCUCCUUAAGGGUGAGGAGAUUUUCUUCUUCUGCUUCAACUUCUUGAAGCACAUCUCCGGCGACGAGUUCUCAGCUCUGCGGAGAAAGCGGAGAAAGCGGGAGUCCUCACGGGAAACGGAGGGACGCAGUGACGACGGUGGAGCCCUUGAUGGGCGUCUGGCAGGGAGCAGCAGCAGCCUGAACAGCGUGGGCAGCUUGUCCACCCUGCUGGACGAUUCUCCGUCCGUCCUCACAGAAUCCGGCGACCCGCACGCUCAUCCGCUCGCCCGUUCACACCACUGUGCAGAGACGCGGUCCCAUCUCCUCCACCAAUCAGAAGACAGGAUGGCCGCUCAUCCCAACCAAUCAGAGCACGGCUUACUGCAGCAGAGAGGAAGCAGCCCAUUGGCCGUGCCGACGAGAGAGAGGUGGGGGCAGGUGGCGGGGACGGGCUCUGUGGCAUCCUCGUGUGAGAGCGAGAGCUGGCAACUCGUGUCAGACUCCGGCAGCCUGAGGGGUCCGGCGCGGGGGAUGGGCAGAGACUCCCCUUUCCCUCACCAGCUACCGGGCCCGUCACCGCGCCAGGUGCGGCUGGAGGAGGUGCGCUCGGUGUUCCUGGCGGCGUACAGCCUCACCGUGGGGCUGCGCUCACCGCCAGGGCCCCCCACACCCUCCCUCACCGGCCUCCUGGAGCACCUCGUCCGCGGCCUGCGCACCUGAGACUCGCUCACCUCACCCACCAGGCACUCGCUCGCUCACCUGACUCAACUGGGACUCGCUAACUCACCUGACUCACCAGGAACUCGAUCACUCACCUGACUCACCAGGGACUCACACUUGCUCACUUGACUCGUCAGAAACUCACUCAUUCACCUGACUCACCAGGGACUCGCUCGCUCACUCACCUGACUCGACCAGAGACACGCCUACUCAACCUGACUCACCAGAGGCUGGCUCACUCACCUGACUCACCAGGAACUCGCUCACCUGACUCACCAGGGACUCACUCGCUCACCUGACUCACCAGGGAGUCACUCACCCGACUCAUCAGGGACUCAGACCCACUCAGACUCACCUGGAACUGGCACACCUA